AUGGCAAUGUCAUGGCAUGAUCCAUGGGUGAGGGAGGAUGCAACAGGAGAUGAUAAUGAUAGUCUUGGCAUUCGCAUGGUCCGUGCAGUGAAGCUGGUUCUCACGGCUCGGCGAAUAUAUUUUACACUCUCUUGCUUCGCUCUGAAAGAGUCUGCAUCAUCAGGAGUUAACUCCAUGUGCCGCUCUUCCACUGGGCAUACAUCAUCAGCCAAAAGGCAAGCUUGUGUCUUUCGAAACCUCGACUGCCAGCACUUCCAAUAUUUGUUGUCGUUGGUGCUGCUGCGCAUUGUUGCCCGGACUUGGGCGAGAGAAACAGUCUGCUCUGAUGCUGUUGUGGCUUUGGUGGUGGUGGAGAUUGCCAUGUUUUGGUUUGUGGUUGGAUGUUUUAUGUGUUGGCGACGAGUGUCCUUGGAGAUGGCUGUCAAGUGA